UUUCCGUUUUCGAAUCCGACGUCAUCUACUCUCAAAGCCCGUGUGUUUUGUGUUUCUUUGGGGCCACGAUGAUUAUCGCUAAUUUAAUAUUGAAAUUAUUGAAACUGAAAUUAGAUUUUUUCGUAUCUUAAAAUUAUCUAAAAUAAAAAGCUAAUAAAAUCAUUCACUCAUUUAAUAAAUUAAGCGAGAGAAAGAUAAUUGUAAAAAUACGUAAUAACAAAACAAACUUGAUUAAUAAUUGGACUAAAAGAAUUUUGAACAAAAUGGGUAUUCAAGAUCUGCAAGUCUUUUUGGAUAGUAAUUAUGUACAAGGUGGAUCUAUACCCGUGGAUCUGUUAAAAAUAGCACGUACUAUUAUUCAAAGACAACAUAAUCGCAUUAGUAAAGCACAACAAUUGCAUUCUGGAAAAUUAAGAUUAGUUCUUGAUGGAGAAUGCUGUUUAGAUAGGUUAUAUGGAGGAUAUUUCUCAGAUUGGGCUUGUGGAGGACAAUGGAAUAGAAUGUUGCAAUUUUUAGCUGUUCUCAUACAAGCAACAGAAAUGUCAGGUUUAGAAUUAGCUGUAUUCUUUAAUGGAUGUUUCGAAUCUCCAAGACGUGCAGAUUGGAUUCUAAACCAAUUGCAAGUGCGAAUUAAAGUAAAUAAUGUAUUAAAACAUAUUUCAACUAAGGGUACUCCUCCACCAAAAAUUUGGUGGACUCCACCAGUUUGUUUAAGAACCAGUCUACGUAUGGCUUUACGGCAUUUGAAUGUUACAGUACUAUGUAGUAUGGAUGAUCACCAUCAAGAAGUGAUCGCAUAUUGUCGAGAGAAUAAUUUUAAUGGCUUAAUUGCUGACGAUGCAGAGUAUGCUGCAUUUGAUCCUCCACGAUACUUCUCAUCUGAACAAUUAAAACUCACAUAUAAAGGCUCUCUUGACACCAAAGAGUAUAUUCUUCCAGAACUUUUAAAAGCUUUAAACAUCCCUUCUGAUAGACUAUGUUUAUUAGCUGCAUUACUUGGAAAUUAUAUUUUAACUGAGCAUGACUUAGCUGAUUUUUAUAAAAAAUUGAAUGUUAAUACUAAUUUGAACAAAGUAAAUGUUGAUCAUACAAUUAAAACCAUUGCUAAUUUUGUUCGAGAUUUACCAUCUGUUGAAUUGGAUGUAGUUUCACAAAAAGUUUUUGGAUCUUUAUCAGAUCCGAGAUGUUCAAAAUUGAGGCAAUCAGUUCAGUACUAUAUAAACGGAACUAAAGAUGGAUUUUUGCAUUAUAAACCAGUGAAACCAAAUAGAGUACACAAAUUAGAUUCUAAGCAAAGCGUUCAACAACAAUCUAAUUUAUCUGAAACGCCCUCAACUUCAGAAGCCGAAUCAAAUUUAGAAACAUCCAGAUUCGCGUCUGAGACUGUAGAAAGCGAACGCGAGAGUUUAAACGCAUAUAAACAAGCCACUGCAAACGCGAAGUCGGCACCCCAAAUUGUGAUAGAUCCACCGGGUAUCCAAGGCCAUGGAGAUGCUGAUAAUAUUAGGACAGAAGAAGAACAAAAUAAUGGGCAUGCUAUUAAUGGUACACACAAUCUUCUAAUUAGUUCAUCAAGUUCGAGCAGUAGUUCUUCUGCAACAUCUCCAUCUCAUGCGACGGCUGAUUCAUCAAAACAAAUGGAGAAAACAAUGACUAUUCCUAGCACAGUACCAGAAGUAAUGCGUACCGCAUCUGAACGGCAUCAAAAAGGUUUAAUGUCUCCUCAUAUUUAUCAAAUUCUCAUUGCUGGAGAAAUAAAGCUACCUGUUCUUCUCGAAGACGAGAAUCAUCGCGAAUUUCCAUCAAUACAUCUUAUUUAUAGACCUGUUAGACAAAUGGUAUAUGCAAUAUUGUUUAAUCUUCAUCACAGAAUGUAUUUAGCUGCUAAAAGUAAAGAGAAAGGAGAUAGUGAAAAAAUUGAAGUCCCAGAUGUUGUAAUAAAAGAGUGGGUAUGGUCCAAAUCAAAUCCAUAUCUUACUCCGGAAUCUGUAAAAGCAGAACAAAUUGGUUGGGGUGUUCCUACAAUACAACGUUUAUGGUUUGGCACAGGUAUAGAUGAUAAACGUCGUCGUUUACGUGGAUUUUUGACUUGUAUGAAAUCAGAUACACCUCUUAUGUUAAACACUUCCUAUGUACCACAACAUCUUUUAGUCAUGGCUUGUGUAUUAAGAUAUAUUAUGUCAUUUUCGGACAAAAUAAAGGUUUUACGUCGCUGGGAAUUAGAUGCUUUCAUUGCACAAGCAUUUUCACCAGAGCUUAUGAACGCUCAGUAUUUACAAGAUCUCCAACUCCCUUUAGUAACUUCACGUGGAGUGCAAUUAGCCACUUUAUUUAUGGCCGGUGUCGAAACCGCUCUCUUAGCUAAUGAUGCUUGUGGUGCCCCAAUCCCAUGGUUAAUGUGUUGUCCAUGGUUGUACUUUGAUGGAAAACUAUUUCAUCAUACAUUAGCUCGAGCUAGGAUUGCAAAAAAUUUAUUAGAACUUUGUGGUGGCCAUAUAGAUCGUAUCGUGAAAGUCGAACGGAUGAAGAAAGCUAUUUUAGAAGGUACCAAUGUUAUUUUUGCACGAGCACCACCAGUUGGCCCAGGUAUUCGCAUGUCUGUACCUCAGAAUAUUCUGACUCCUGGAUGUACAAUCAAUGAUGGUUUAAUGCGCGGAAGAGGCAGUGGAACUAUACCUCAACGUGGAUUGAUGCGUCGUCCUAUACCAUCUCGCGGUGGACAAUUAGAAAUUGCUGGAGUCGUCGUUGGACAAUGGGGUCCAAAUUAUGGACAACCUGGCCGUUUACCUCAGCCUCUACAGGGACAUCCUCGUGGGCGGCUUCCACCUCAAGUAACUUCAAUUGGUGGUCUUAAGUAUGGUCUCCCUCGUGGUUUCACUCCUAUGGGUCGUCCCACAUUUCAAACGCGAGGAAACAAUCGUGCGCAAAUCGCAGGACGAGGAAAAAAGACACAAAUGAAAGCAACUGGCAAAAAGAAAACUACCGUUAAAAAAAGUAAAGAAAGUGAAAACAAGAAAGAAACUAGAGGACGAGGUAACAAUAUCGAUGGAAUAACUGAUUACAGUGAUUCAAUUCCAAAUAUAAAUGCAACAAAAGACGCACUGCCAGUACCAGGCCAAUUUGAGGAUGCCAUAGAAAACGGCAAAGGGAUAGAAAAAGGGCAAGGAGACGCGUCACUGGUUGCUCCAGUCGCUGCUGAAAAUUAGGCAAAAAAGCAUCGUUAAUGCGAUGUCAAGAUAUUGUAAAACUACAAGGAUAUAGACCCAUUUUCGACGUACACGAUACGAUGUCCUCACUGCCAAACGUACCAUUCAGUGUGUAGGAUAAGAGCGAAAACGAACGUGAUUUAAGAAAAAGAAGAAAAUUAAAAAAACAAUAAAAUCGUGCUUGUGCUAACACGAGCGUGUUUUUAGACUACUACUACUCCGCUCGGAUCACCAUAAGGAUGAACUCGACUGAUUAGUGUAUGCGUGCGCUAAUUUUACUAAGAACAAGAACAAGUCGUCAGCUGCUAUAAGUAUUUAAUUCUUAAGAAGUGUGAUUAUUUUUUUUACAAUGAAAAUAUAUAUUUUCCGGUAUUAUAUGAAAUGCUCGCAUUGAUAGUCUCAGUAUUCUGAUCUUUGUAAACGUCCAACGAAAAUCAUAUACUUUAAGACAUCACGGACGAACAAAUGAAUAAAACAUUGAUGCAUAAAUCAAUAUAAAACAAUAUAUUGUGGAUACUUUUAUUUCUGUUUUAUAGAUAUAAUGCAAGGCAGGAUACUGAGACAUUCAGUAGCAAAUGGAGACUGAUGCUUUUCAUAUAGGUAAAAUAUAUAUUUAUAUAUGGUUUAGAUUAGAGAUUCCCAAUAGCAUAUUAUAUGUAAGUUGUAAAUGAUUGCUUGCGAGUAUGUGUGUAGUGGAAUGUUAAGGUAUUGUAUGAAAGAAGUACAUAAAAAUGAAAGAAAAAUGAAAGAUUGUUUUACUUGUGAAAAUCGUAAUGAAAGAAUAAAGAGAGAAAAAGAAAAUACCAUAAAUGCAUGGUUGUAAGACCGAAUAUAUAAAGAAACAUAAGAAAUGUAUAUAAACGUCGAAUGUUAAUGCGUGUCGGUUCACGUACACACGAUACAUGAAAAUACGAUUACAAUGGAAAAUUGAGAAUGUGUACGCGCGUGUAUGUGGUCCGAAUGAUAUAUUUAUUUGUUGUUGUGUCGAUGAAAAAAGGAAUGAAUGAUUUUUGAACGAAUUAUAAAUUUCCAUGUACGAUAAGAGAUACAAUAUGUACUCAUGGACACGCGGUAGAUUUGAUGCAAGAGUAAUCGGCUUGAAUUUUCAAAAAAAGAAAGACGAGGUUCUCUAAAAGAGUUAUUCUUGUGAAAGUCUUUCGAUGUCGCUUGGAAAAUAUGCUGCACUAUGCGUUAUUCUAAUUCAAUAUCAUAAAUUGAAUCAUAUAUUAGUUAACAAAAAAUAAGUAGUAAUAUAUAUUAUAGAGAAGAUCAUCUCUUUUAUGAUUCCAUUGAAAGUUUUUUUUUUCUUUUUUUCUAUUAUUUUUUUUUUUAUUUUUUGGAUAAAAAUUAUAUAUAUUCGUGCCUUUUGUAGCAUAUUUUCGAAAGAAUGUACGAUACGUGUCCUUCCUUUAAUUGUACAUACGAAUAGUUACUUUAGAAGUGACAGAGUGAGGUUGGUGUAAAUAAAAAAAAUCUGGUGAUUUCGCGCUUUUAUUGCGUGAAAAACCGAUUCAAAAUAGGAGAUCAUCAUGUUUAAAGAAGAAAAAGAAAAUACUAUUAUAAUACUAUUUAUGCGUAGAAUAGUCGAAAAGACAUUCUAUCAAAGAUCAUUGGAAUUCGAAAGAUAGAUUUCUUUAUCAUUGAAGGAUGAUAAUACACGUAUAACAGAGAUACAAAAUAGUAUGACAGAACAUGAUUAUUUAUCAAAAGGGAUGAAAAUAAAAAGGAAAAAAGUAGAUAAAAAUGAUAUACGUCUAAAAUGCAGAGAUAAUUUAAAUUGAAUAAGAGAGCGAACGAGAGCGAGAGAGAAAGCGAUUGUGAGAGAGAAAAUCAUUUAUUGAGAUAAUAUAAUGAAAGAUAAAGAUAAAAAUGUUAUAUUUUUGUAGAUUUGUUAUUGCGUAAAAAAAUGCAUUAAGACAAUGAGAAACUUUAUAUAAUUUGAGCGAUGGUUAAACUGAGCCUGAAAAAAUUAAAAUGAGUGACUAAGAUCAUAAAGAGAAAGGAUAUUGUAUAGAGAAUAUGAUAAAGAUUAAAAAAAAAAAAACAUAGAAAAUGAAAAAGUGCUUUAGAAAAAAUGAUGGUAUGUUGAACGUGUUUGACAUCUACGAUUUAAUAAGAAAAUCUUAUUAAUUCUUUUGUAUCUCCGAAGCUCUCAAAGUUCUGAGUUGCUUGCGAACAAACAUAAAAUCUAAAAAAAAAAAAAAUAAACAAAAUGAAAAAAAAACAAAUAAAACUUGAAAAUAGGAAAGAUAUUUAAAAAAAAGAAGAAACUAAAUGUCAGCUUCAAUAUGAGCUAUACCAACAUAUGCAUAUAAUUAACAGUUUUUUCAAUAUGAUUCAAAAGAAAUAAUAAACAAUAAAAAUAUAAAGAAAUCAAGUGUCGUGAAUGAAACUGUAUAGAUUAAAAAAAAUAAAAAAUGAAUAUUGCUAUCAUUCGAUGAUUUUUAAUUAAUAACAUACACUUGCACUAUUAUUAUUUUCCGAGUACAGUAUAUGAUAUAUAAAAUAUGCACCAAAGUAUAUAAAGAAAAAAAAAUGAUAAGAAAAAAAGAUGGCCGUGUAUCUUUCUUGAACAAUUUAAAAUUAAAACAACGCAAAUCGCUCAUGAAUAACUAACCAAUGUAAUGAUAAUAAUAGUAAUAAUAAUAAUAUUAAUAAUAAGAAUAAUGUUAAACUAGAAGCAGAGAGACGUUUCAGAUCCGACGGAUGAAUAAUUAAAAAUAAAAUGCCACUUUACGCUUUCGUGUAAAGGUAGAUUUUCUUUCUCAAAAAUCAAUCAUCUUGAUAUAUGCAAACCGAAGAAUACAAAAUAUACAAAAACAAAGUUAAAAAAACGAUAAAAAAGACAUUUAAUGUAUAUAUAGGGUAUUAAUGUAUUUAUGAUAUUUUUAGAAAAUUGAUUCUAUAGACUAAAACAAAUACAAAAGUUUCUAUAUAAAAAUUUCAGUUAUAGUUAUAGUUAUAUACUUUAUAUAUAAAAUUUAUUUAUAUAAAGUUAUAGACAAUUUAAAUUUACGUUAGAUGAAAUGAUAUGAAGACAAAGUGAAACUACAAUUAUAAAGGAGAAUUAUCUCAUUCUCUAUUUUAUUUCCUUAACGUAAACUUAGACUGCUUAUAAUUUAAUAAAUAAGUUUCAACUGACAUUUUUGUAUACUAUUUUUUGUAUUUAUUUUAGCUUUUAAAAUUGACGUUCUUAAAAUAUUCCAUAAAUAUAUUAACACCCUGUAUAUGUAUAUACACAUAUAAUAUGAUGGUACUCAACAUAAUCAGUUGCUGCUGCACUGAUAUGAGGUAAUGCAAUAAAUGUAAGAAAUGAAAUAAUUUAAAUAUACUAAAUAUUGAAGCGAAAACAAAAUAAAACCGAUAUGGAAUAUAAAAAAGAAAAAAUACGAAAAAGGAGGAAAAUAAAGAAUGAAUAAAAGAAAAGAAAUAAAUACGAAAUCCAUAUUAUUGAAAAUAAUGCAACAAAGCAGAAGUAUCAUAAAAAUCAUAAAACAUAAUAUAUAAUGAAAAAGAAAGAAGUGGAAACUUACCUAAAAAUGGUAAAUAAAUGAUCGACAUAAAAAGAACAGGUGCGCAUCGUGCCUACUUUUUCGCUGUAAUAUGUAUUAAAAAAAAUAACAUGUAAAAAAUAGGGGCCCACGAAACAAUUUCAACGAUAGAAGAUGUAUCCAUGCGAGAAAGUCAAACGAAAUGAGCCAACACAUAAAACGAAUGACCUCUCUUUGUGUAUUUAGAAAGUAAAAAAAAAAAAAAGAAAAAUCCUAUUUAUCAAGUCGAUUUUCAAACAUUGUGUGUCAUUGUGCUAAACGAAAAAUUAAUUAUAUUUCGAAAUAAAGCACAUCUUUAAACUCUUGCUAUGUAAUAAUGAUGAUGAUAAUGAUGAUGAUAAUGAUAAUGAUGAUGGUGAUGAUUAUGAUGCUGAAAUAUUGAUAAUGAUAAAUGUUUAAUUAGUGAGAAACGGGAACGACAAUGUAAAUUAAGUAAUUAUAUAUAUAUAUAUUUUUCUUUUUCUUUCUUUCUUUCUUUUUUUUCUUUUUUUUUUUCUUUUUUUUUUUCUUUUUUUUUUUCUCCUUUUUUUUCUCCUUUUUUUUCUUUUUUUUUUUUAAUAUAUAUAGAAACAAUUUUAAUGUAAAUCAAUUUCUACUGGAGUGUUCUCUCUCUCUCUCUGUCUCUCUCUCUCUCUCUCUCUCUCUCUCUCUCUCUCUCUCUCUCUCUCUCUCUCUCUCUCUCUCUCUCUCCAAUUAAUUUCAUUGCUAUAUUUUUAUUUAAACAAAUUUUAAUUACUCGUCAAUGCAACAAAUAGCUAAGCAUUAAAAAUAGACAUGAUUCAUCAUGUUCUUUAUUAUGAAAAAUCAUGAACACUUUUGCUGCUUCGCUAUUUGUUUAUUUUUUAUUAUUAAAUUUUUUUCAAUAUCAUUCGCUUUUCAUUAUUAUUAUUUCUUCGUUCUUAAUUUGAUUUGUAAUCACAUUGUAGUAGAGUCUUAUGUCUUUUUGCGAAAAUCACACAUAUAUAUGUAUAUGUACAUAGGGGAAAAUAUAACAUAUAAAAAUGGAGUGCAUCAUUUAAUUUCAAAGAUUUGUUUUAAAUGAUUGCCACAAAAAAAUUAAUGAACAAUAUGUUUAUAUUAUUAUUUCACUGUAUUUCCAAUAGAAGCACGCAAUCAAUGGGCAUUAAAAAAGAAAAAAAAACAUUUAUUUCCAAUUUUUCUUUUUAUAAGAUAUGCUAUAUUCAUGCUAGUAGAUUGUCAGGAUUUUCAAUAGCAACACAAUGAAAAAGUAAAGAACAAUAUAUAAUGCCCUCGAUAGAAUAUCAGAAAAGGGAAAAGUAAAGAUAAUAUUGAGUUGCUAUAACUGUGCUCAAUAUAUAAAUUUUAAGUUUCUCUUUUUACUAUAGUUUUUCGCUUACCUAUUCUAUUAACAAGAUAUAUUAAAAAUAUGGUAGCAAAGACAGUAAAUAAAAAAAGUAUUAAUAUAGUAAAAAACCAAAAAAAGAAGUAAUGAAUUAAACAAUUAUCAAUGUAGCUGCAAAUAUAUGUGGGCCCCGUUCUUAUAUAUUCUUAUUAAAUAUUAUGUAAUGUAUAUUCUGCUAUUAUUUUUCAUAGCUAAAGAAAGCAACAAGAACAAUGAAAAAAAAAAGAUAAUUAAAAAUAUCAAGUGCAUACACAGAGGGUAACCAUUGUAUGUUACAAUUUAUAAUCAUUGUACGUUUAUUUUUUUCUGUUUUUUUCUUUUUGUUUUUCUAAUAUAUAAGAAGACCAAAUAAUUGAUUAAGUAUAUAGCGCAUGAAAUAAGAACAGUUUUUUAUAAACAUAAUAAGAAAACGCCUUCAAGAUCACUUCAUAUAUAUGGACAAAAAUAUGAAAAAAAAAAAAGGCAAAUAAAAAUUGUACAUGCGCUAUAAUUUUUGUCAAUGGUCGCGUUAUUUUCAACUUAUAUGAGUCGGUAAAUGGUUAUUAUAUUUUUUGAAAUGGUAAAAAAUCAUUAAAAAAUAUAACAUUUCUAAUUCCUUUUCAAAUUAUUAUCUGUUUACAUAACAAUGUUAGAAAUAAUAUAUGAUAAUUUAAUAUUAAUCUAUAUAAAUAAACCGAAUAUUAUUUGUAUAAUUUUGAUAUUGAAAUUGAAACAAAAUGAUGUGCAAGAUUUUUGUAUUCAAAAACAAUAUCUAAUAUAGAAUUAGUUAAUAAUUUGUAAAUGUGUUUAGGACAGUUAGAAAAUGUUACCUGACCGACUCAUGUAGUUGUAUUUCUCUAUAAUACACAAUCACAUCAAUGUAUUCUUGUUGGAUUAUUCUAUCUUGUAACUUAUUGUUGUAACAUAUACCCAUUCAUGUCUAGUGUCAAGCAGAGCUGAUUCUAUGCUUUUGCUAGUUGAAAAACUGGAGGGAAUAUGUUUUUAAGUAAAGAAAAGAAAGAAAAGCAUAGUGUGGAAAUUGAAUGAAUAUUAUUUAUUCAUGUAUUUUAAAAAAUGGAGCAAGUUGAAAAUUUCAUAUUGUUGACUAAUUUAAAAACAAGCAUGAAAAAUUAAAAAACAAAUUAUUAAAAAUAAUAAUAAUAAACAGAAUCAGUGCUGGCGAAAACACAAGGCAAACAAAAAUUAUUAUAAAUUUAAAAAAGUCAUUUAAAGUACUUUUAAAAUGGAUACAUAUUUGGAAAGUAGGAGGUAAUCAUUGUAUAAAUGUAGUGGCAACUCUAUAAUACUACAACAAAAAAAAUCAAUAUAUUCAACAAUUAUUCGAAAUACUAAAUGCAAAAUGCACUUUAAUGGAUGUUAUAACAGUUUAAAAUAUUCAAAUUGCAUCGACAUUUUGCUGUAAAUCUGUUCUUUGGAAUAUACUACUCUGCCAAUUAAACCAAGAAUAUUUUUUUCUUAAAAGAAAAAAAAAUCAUUUAAUAAAUAAUAAUUAUGUAUUGGGAAACAAAGAGCAAUCUCGUUUCUUUAUCCCAAUGAGCAGAGAAGUUUCUCCAAUGACAGAUAUUUUAAGUUUGUUUCUUUUGAAGAAAAAAAUAUAUAUAUUUAUCUUCAUUUUUUCUUGUAUAAAUACAAUUACACGACACACAUGCAAAUUAGAGAAAAUGAUAAUGGUUCAUACAGAUUCUCUGUUAAGUUAAAGAGAAAAAAACGAAAACUUUGCAGAAUACACUGCAGAGUUUGAAAUAAAGGAAACAAACUUUCAGUGAAGUUUUGUAAAGAAAGCUGUUCGUGUGAGAGGUUCUCGGAGAUGGUUGGCUGACAUUUUCGGAAGUUCAAUGAUUUAUUAAAAGGUGUUAUCAUGUCUUGAAUACAAUUAAAAGAAUUAUAAAAAAAAAA